AUGGCCAAGCCCGCUGUUAAGGAAGUCGACCGCACUCUCAAGAACCCUGAGACUCUGGCCAAGUACAAGGCUGCUGGUGUCAUUGCCAAUGCUGCUUUGGCCCAUGUCAAGUCUCUUGCCGUUGAGGGCGCUAAGAUCAUUGAUCUGACUGUUGCCGGUGACAAGUUCAUUGUUGAUGAACUUGCCAAGGUCUACACUGAAGACUCCAAGAUCCCCAAGGCUGUUGCUUUCCCCACUUCUGUUUCUCCCAACAACAUUGUUGCUCACCUUUCACCUCUUAAGACUGACAAGGAGGCUGAGAUUACCCUCAAGGCUGGUGAUGUUGUCAAGAUUACUCUUGGUGCCCAGAUUGAUGGCUUUGGCAGUGUUGUUGCUGACACCAUUGUUAUCCCCACUGCCGAUGGUAAGGUUGACUCCAAGGCUGCUGAUGCCAUUGCUGCUGCUUGGAAUGCUUCUCAGGCUGCCAUUGGUACCAUCAAGCCUGGUAACAAGAACUGGGAUGUUACCAAGAUUGUUGACGAAGUUGUUAAGGACUUUGGCUGCACUGCUCUCGAGGGCAUGCUUUCUCACCAGCAGCUCCACAACAAUGUUGAGGGUGAUAAGGAGAUUAUUCUUAACCCCACUGAGAGCCAGAAGCGUAACUUUAAGACCCAGACUUUUGCUGAGAAUGAGAUUUACGGUCUUGACAUUUUGGUUUCUUCUGGUGAGGGCAAGGUUCGCCAGGGUGAGAUCCCCACCACCAUUUACCGCAAGGGCGGAAUUACCUAUCAGCUUAAGCUCCAAUCUUCGCGUAACAUUUAUACCGAGAUUAACAAGAAGGCUGGUGCUUUCCCUUAUACUCUCCGUGAGACUGCUGACAUUCGCAAGGCUCGUCUUGGUCUUAAGGAAUGUGUUUCCCACAACUUGUUGAUUGCUUAUGAUGUUGUUGAGGAGAAGCCUGAUGCUGUUGUUGCUCAGUUCUUUACCACUUUUGCCAUUACUCCUGAGGGCACUGUUAUUCUUGCUGGUCCUACUACUCCUACUUUGACCUCUGAGAAGAAGGUUUCUAGCGAGGAGACUGCCAAGUUGAUUGCCAAUCCCUUGUAA